AUGUGUCGCGCUUUUCUACCGACACUAAAGGGGCCGGCGCAAAGAUGGUUGGUGGCUCUGCCCCAAGGAUCAAUACGCAACUUUGAAGAGCUGGUCGACCGCUUCAUGAGUCACUACGCGGCCAACAUCAAGCCACAAAAGGAUCUGACUCAUCUGGGGGACGUUCAUCAAGAGGAAGGCGAAUCCCUCAAAACUUACUUGGCCCGGUGGCAAAAAGAGAUCCAGUCUAUCGAAGAAGUUGAGGACCAGACCGCCCUCACCUUCUUCAUCGAAUCUUUGCGAUCCGGACAGCUGUAUCGUGAUCUACGGGACAACCGGCCGGCCACCUACGCGGAGGCCAUACAUAUGGCUAACAAGCAGGCCAUGAAGCACAAGCGAUAG